UUGUGUCUCAGUGUAAAAGACCUUAAAAGUUAAACUGAAGCUGUCUGAGAAGCUGCUGCUGUUGUGGCCCAAGGUGUUAUCUUUGCUGGAAUAUGCUAACUUUACAUUUUUUGGACCUCACUGCAUUGACAUCAAUCAACCACAGACACAUUAUCCAGUAUGAAGGGAGGCAAUUAACAGAGAAGCACUUAAAACAGAACAAAUCUGUGUGUAAAGGAGAGCGAUUGAUAAGUCCUCUAAUUUAAAAGUUGUGCUGUGUCUCAAGGUCUGUGCACAGCAUGAAGACUCUGAAUACGUCAAGGUUCCCCCCACCUGUAAACUGAUCAGAGAUCAGAGUUACUCCGUUCACUGUCCAGUUGCCUGCAUGAUUCAACCACCAAGGGAAGAUUUUGACCCAGACUUUGGACCAAACUACCACCCAACCUUUGAGAUCCGCCUGCCUACAAACACAAAAGAAGUGACGAUCACAGUCAGAGACCACACAGACACAGAAGUCUGGGAGCGUGAGGUUGAUCUGCCAGGUCAAAGAGGUGAAACCCCACAGAGGAAUGUCUCAGGGGUUUCCCUGGAGGACCAGGUCCCAGCGGAGGACAGGCUGUUGUCAGCUCGAACACAGUUUAUCAGCAGGGUGUCUGAACCGAAUCUGGACAAGCUUCUGGAUAAACUCCUAGAGCGCGGCGUUAUAAAUGAGGAAGAGAUGGAGUCAGCCAGGACAAAGGCCAGAGCAGAAAAAGCUCGAGAUGUGAUCGACACGGUGCAAAGAAAGGGGACCGAAGCCAGCUCGGUUCUGAUUGCUGCCCUCCGCGAAGUGGAUUUGUUCCUUUCCAAAGUCCUGAACUUACACUGAAGCUUAACAAGAACCUGGAGCUGUGAUGAAGAGUUUCUACAACAACAGACUGAUUUCAUGACUGUGAUCUUAACGUGUGCUUUAACUGGACUUUGACUCUGAAAGUGAUUCUCAGUGUGAUCCAACCAAAUCUGGACUGCUGUAGCUGGAUGGUGAGCAGGAAAACAGUUUUACUGAGACGAUGCAUCUGCAGACAUCAAGAUUAGCAGAGCUCAAGCAAAACCAACUUUUUAUAACUAACACAAACAGACACGACGGACAUCAGUCAGAAGCUUGUCUACAUGCAGAUGCUUCAGCAUCUAACCACAAAAUAAAUCACUCUGUCUUUCUAUGACGGAGAGCACACACUCUUUCCCCUUAAAGGAAAAAAUUUCACUCAAAAAACACUUUUGUGUUAUUUUUCUAACUUCUUGAUGCCUAAAAUGAAGUCAUGAAGUUUUCUUCCAGGUUUCAGCCUGAAAUCUUUCAGCUCAUUCACACCAGAACUUUAACCAGCCACCAGUUCUCCAGCUUUUUAUGAAGAGACCUUGAGAUUGUGUGAAUAAGCAACCAUGUAAAUUUUGUUACUGUUGCUCUGGUUAGUCAAGUCAACUUUAUUUAUACACACAUUAAAAAACAACAUGAUGAUCAAAGUGUUGUACAACUAGGAGAGAUAAAAUACAAAUAAAAAGCGUAGCAAAACAAAAGCUGUUGGUUCAACUGGUGAAACGAGAUAAAAUUUAUUUUAUAUCUCAACAUUUAAGACUAGAAGGGCUGAAACUGGAUUAAGUGUUAAUCAUUGUGUAGAGUAAAUUUUUCUCUGUGCCCCAUAAAAUACAGAAAUCAGCCAUUUAUAGUAAAAUUAAUACUAUGGAUUAAACACUGUCAUUGAUAAGGAAUUAAUAAUUUUCCAACCUGUGUUAUAUUAGAUCAAACAGCAGGGUGUCUUUGGUUCAGGAGCUCAAUUAAUCAUCAUUUGUUUUAGUGCAUUAGGAAAUUUGUCUUACUGGAUUUAUUCUUUGAACAUGGUCAGUAUGAAUGGAGCACAUUUAGAACUCAAUGUAUAAUAAAAUUCCCAAAUCAUGUGAUCAUUACCAGAGGAUUUAUUUCCUUUAUAUUUUGAUAUAUUCAACAGUCUCAGAUAAAGAAUAUUCACCUUUUAAGAAACAGUCUGAUCUCAUAGUUUGGUGCAGAGAGUGCUUUUUGCUGACAUACUUUAAAUUUAAUACAUGUUUAAAGAGUCCUGUCAUAUGACUGAAGUGUGUUUGUGUGAGCUGAUGGUGGAAAUGAUGCUCAGUGUUCCUGAUUUGUUGGGGCUGGGGUUUAGCUGAGUGUGGCCACAGUUCUGCUCACAGUUCACAAUUUUCUGAUUAAGUGAUGCUUACUGCACAAGAAUCACCCUCAACAGAACAUUAAUACAUUAAAGAGCUCCAUCUGCUGGCUGCCUGUGUGUGGUGCAUUUGAGGGGAAGCGUUGACAAGGCUUCACAACCUCAUGUCAUGCAGCUCCUUGUCUCAUCUUUGACUCAGUGUUUAAUAAAACUCAGCACUGAAGGGUCAAACUU